UCCCAGAUCCUUGUGUGGAGUUCAGCAAACUACAAGGAUCUGGCGAGAGUCAGGUUAACAUCAUAAAGCCCUAAUGUCAAAAAGCUACAGAUACUUUUAAAAUAUAACCAAGCGUUUACCCUUAGACUAGGAGAGUAGAGAACGUUGACGUUGCCUUUUUGGCACUUGAACCCCCUUCAAGGGCCCAUCCUGCAUGGCUUCAUCAUCUGGGAUCAAUUAGAGCAGUGGUUCUCAAAUGGGGGUACGCGUACCCCUAGGGGUACUUGAAGGUAUGCCAAGAGCUCAGUCUCGAACCCACAACCCUCCCAAUACAAGAUCCAACACUCUGUCUGGCAGCUUGCCAGGACACGCCCCCGCACGCGCAGUGCGCUUCACACCCACACUUCGCCGCAGCUGCCGGCUUUCAUCAAUCAACGCACCUGGCAGCAAUCAGGAGGACAGCAUAAAGAUCAGUCACUCCUUGGAACCUACGCCGGAACGUCGUUAACUCUUGUAUGCCCACCUUGUUCUGUGUGCUCGAGCGCUGUAGCUCGACCUCCACCUGGAAAUUGGACUGCCUCCCUAAAUCCUCGAUCACCCGUUUGGACUUGGACAUUGUUGCUUGCCGCCUGCCCUCGACCACCUGCCUGUCCCCGGAUCUCCCAUCAGGUACCGCACGUAGUCCCUGCUACUCACUUUAUCCGGGAACCAUUCAGAGACCAUCCGUUUCUGGGUGCUGGAGGCUCCUGUCGCGCCUGUGGUUUUAGGGAGAUCAUGGCUGAAGCAGCACGACCCGCACAUCUCUUGGACCUCCGGAGAGAUCUUGGCAUGGAGCACCCGCUGCCACGCUAAUUGCUUGAAGGCAGCCUCUGCCCCCAGCAGGACCAUUCAGAACCAUAAAACCCAGGUAGACCUCACUACCAUCCCAGAGUGCUAUCAUGACCUCGCUGAGGUUUUAAGUAAGGAACAUGCUCAAUCCCUACCGCCGCAUAGACCUUACGACUGUGCUAUCGAGCUACUUCCCGGGGCUCCCCUACCUUCCAGCCGUCUUUACAACUUGUCCCUUCCCGAAAGAGAGACCAUGAAGAAUUACAUUUCUGAAUCACUGGCUUCUGGAAUCAUUACCCCGUCCAAAUCCCCUGUGGCGGCAGGGUUUUUCUUUGUGACCAAGAAGGACGGGUCUUUGCGACCUUGCAUUGACUACCGGCACCUCAACAACAUAACUAUCAAGAAUAAGUACCCACUGCCCCUUCUGAACGCAUCUUUUGAACCCCUGGCACCAGCCACCAUCUUCACUAAGCUCGACCUUCGCAAUGCAUACCACCUGGUCCGGAUCAAGAAGGGUGACGAAUGGAAGACGGCGUUCAAUACUCACCUCGGCCACUAUGAGUACAAGGUCAUGCCUUUUGGUCUCACUAAUGCUCCCGCAGUUUUCCAGACGCUGGUCAACGACAUCCUUCGUGACAUGCUGGACCAGUUUGUUGUAGUUUACUUGGAUGACAUCCUUAUUUUUUCUCGCAACCCGCAGGAACAUCAGCAGCAUGUUCGUCUGGUUCUUCAGCGACUUCUGGAGAACCGACUCUUUGUCAAGGCGGAGAAGUGCUGUUUUCAUGCCUCAUCGGUGGACUUCCUUGGCUUCAUCGUUGAGAGGGGUCACGUCAGGGCUGACCGCGGGAAGGUCAAGGCAGUGGUAGCCUGGCCACAACCCGCUUCCAGAACAGAACUCAGGAGAUUCUUGGGCUUCGCUGGAUUUUACAGGCGAUUCAUACGUAAUUUCAGCCGCAUCGCUGCACCCCUCAAUGCUCUCACCUCGUCCAAGGUAAAUUUUUUGUGGUUACCCGAGGCCGACCGUGCUUUCAGUGGGCUCAAGACCAGCUUUGUCUCCGCACCUGUUCUCAUCCAUCCUGACUGGGACUGUCCAUUUUUGGUAGAGGUGGGCGCCUCUGAUUCAGGGAUAGGGGCCAUACUUUCCCAGCGGUCUAAAAUUGAGAACCUGCUUCACCCAUGUGCAUUUUUUUCCAGGCGACUCUCUCCGGCAGAGCUUAACUAUGAUGCUGGGAACAGAGAGCUGUUGGCCAUCCACGAGGCGUUAGUGGAGUGGAGACACUGGUUGGAGGGGGCAAAGCACCAGUUCCAAAUUCUGACGGACCAUAGCAACCUUCUCGCCAUCCGAUCAGCCAGAAGGAUCAACAACCGUCAGGCGAGAUGGCAACAGUUUUUUUCCCGGUUCGACUACAUACUGUCUUACAGACCAGGAUUUAAGAACCAGAAGGCGGACGCACUAUCUAGAGUGCACAUAGCGGAGAACACUUGCCCUACUACCCCCGAAACCAUUCUACCAUCAACCCGUAUUGUGGGAAUGGUAUCCUGGAGAGUGGAGGACCAGGUGAAAAAGGCUCUUCAGGCUCGUCCAGGUCCUGGGAGCGGACCACCAGGCAAGCUGUUCGUCCACCGCGAACUUCGGCUCCAGGUCCUGGAUUGGGCACAUUGUAGUCUUUUUUCUUGCCAUCCGGGGUUCCAACGAACCCUGUCCUUCAUCCGAAGACGAAUUUAUCGCUGCUUGUACUGCUUGUGUUCGCAGCAAACCGUCACACCGACCUCCGGCUGGCCUCCUACACCCUCUGCCGAUUCCUGCUCGUCCAUGGUCGCACAUAGCGUUGGACUUCGUCACGGGCUUUCCCGUAUCUAGAGCUGCCCUCUUCGUCCGAGACAGCGGACCUCCUUACCUUGCACGUCGUCAAGCAGCACGGAAUCCCCAUGGACAUUGUUUCUGACCGGGGCCCUCAGUUUACCUCCAAGGUAUGGAAGGCGUUCUGCAAAGG